AUGCACGUCAAGCGGGUUACUCUGACGUCAAAGAAAAACUGGUGGAUGGUGGAGUUGGACAACCAGCAAGACGAUAAUGCUGCCCCGUCCAUUAACUCGUUCUCGUCGGAGGAGACAGUGGUCGACGGCCUUGAUUACCAGCAACUUGAUCCAUCAGAACCGCACAGACCACCCACGCCGCCUCCUUCACCGCCUAUCUACAACCCGCCCCGCCACCCAACAUCCAUCUUCUCUUUCCCAACGCCGACAGCAUAUUCGGCUCCACCUAACCCCACCGUCAACCUCUCGCCAGUCGCCCAAGGCUCAGCCUCAGUGCUCUUCAAGUGUGUCGUCAAGAAGCCCGAUGUCAUCCAGCUAGAGAUAAAUGGGGAGAUGCAGUCCAACGCGUCCGACGUCACAAUACAGUUCUUGGCGGAGCUGCGUGUAUACACUACGGUGACGCGGCAUCGGAAUAUAUGUGCUUUUCUGGGGGCGCUCGAGAACGUGGGCAUGGUGCUGGAGUACAUCGAUGGGCGGACACUAUAUGAUGUUGUUACUGCUCGCCCAGUGCUGACGAGGGAGGCCAAGAUCGAUUACCACGACCAGUUACUUGACGGCCUAACACAUCUCCACUCAUUUGGCCUGAGUCACGGCGACCUUUCACUGCUUAACAUCCAAGUCACGGUUCCUGCGAAUACAGUCAAACUCCUCGAUUUCGGUCGUUCUGUGUCUGCAGACUCGAUAUAUACAUCCCCGGACGACGAACCCGUCGAUCCAUUCGCUCAUCUCGUACGCCGACAGUCCAGUCAGACUCCACUCCUUUCGUCUAGAAAAAUUGAGCAGAUACAUCCUGGUACGCGUCCGUUCUGUGCGCCGGAGAUUCUUAGAGGCGAAUGUCAAGACGCGCUGCUGGCCGAUGCAUAUAGUUUUGGGAUCAUACUCGUGUGCUUAGAUCGCUGCGAGCACGUUGACAUCAAGCCUUGGGAACAGCGAAAGGAUUUCAUUCCCAAGGACUUUUUCCAGGGCUGCGAGGUUUUCGAAGAGAGGGCGAGGGAAUAUCUCCGCAAGUGGAAUGAUUCCCGGCGGAGAUUGGUGAAGACAGAUAUGUUCGAAUGCUAUCAAAACCAACCAAGUGUUUGA